AUGAAGUCGAUGUUUGUUGCGGCUAGUGUGAGCUACGGCAUUUCGGGAUCUGAGAUUGUUGGAUAUCUUGGUGGAGGUCCAUCUCGAAAUGAAGGGUUGCUUCAACUCUACAUAGACGGUACCUGGACCACGGUCUGCAACCGCAACUGGACUUACGAGGCAGCCGACUUCACCUGCGAGAUGUUGGGCUUCGACGGUGUGCAGCCUGACGGGUGGAACGCAGCGGAUUACGGUGGGGGCACCGGUCCCGUUUGGUGCUACUCCCCGGAACAGGGCGAACUGAUGCCGUGCCCGACUGACGGUGGUGACAUAUGCACACAUAGUGAUGACGUAGGGCUGCGAUGUACCUGGACUCCCGAACCUGGGGAUUUUAUGCAUCGAUUGGGAUACAUGUUUCGCCUGACGGGAGGCGAUGCAGAACAAGGUGAGGGGCGGGUCGAGGUGUACCUCAACGAUGAGUGGUCAACCAUCUGUCACUAUGGAUGGUCAGAGUACUUUGCUGAUGCAGUCUGCCAGCAUCUUGGGUUCCAAGGCGUGAAAGGGAGCAACUGGAAUGUUCCGUACGGAGGGGGGACUGGCCCCGUAGUGUGUGCCGAGAUAUUCUCGCUCACCGUUUGCCCAUCCGAUGCUGGAGGAGUGUGCACGCACGCGCAGGACGUAGGAGUGAGGUGUGAGACGGACGAAGGGGAGGCUGAUGGAAGUGAAGAUGAAGGAAGGGAUAUGGAGGUCGUGCGUACCGGUAUUAUAGCAGCUGCGUCUGUUCUCGUCGCUGGGGGCGUUUUCAUACCCAUCGUGGCCUGUGUUCUGGCCCACUCACAACCUGUGAGCGGGCGCAGCGAAGACUGCGAGAAAAUGUUGAGCUCAUCGGAGGGGAGCGUCUCGUCACCGGAGCAUGAACCACUGGAUGACAUGGAGAACGAAGGGAAGCUGAAUGAGGGGUUCGAGGAAGAUGACCCAGGGGAGUGUUCUGGAGGAACCGAGGUCAAAGGUCAAAUUACGUCAGAUGAUGGAGAGGGGGAUGAAGAUAAAGAUAGAAAAGACAUUAACGAGGAUACUGGUAGCGUUGGCAACAUCGAGGAAGGCUGUGAAACUGUCUGUAAUGAGACCGACGGAGGGGAGGGAGACGGAGAGACGGGAAGCGACGCAGGAGUUUGUGAAACAGUUUCAGAUGAAGGGAAACAAAAUGGCGACCGUACAGCUACCCCUCCACCAGUCCGUACCCGACGGGAGCAAGACAUGACGGACGUUGAGGGCGGGCGAGACACUGUGGAAAUGUACGAGUAUUCGAUGCAUGGUGAACAUUCACUGAAUUCUGUUUACUUUUGAACAGUGGGUCGAUAUUUUGAGAAGUGAUAAAACUACAAAGGGAGGAUUUUGUUUGAUACACACGGUGUUUGUAUUAUUUCCAAAUUAAUUGUACGGUCGCGAUUUGUCAAGCUGCCUUUUAGUGCACAUAGGACUUUUGCUGCAUUUGUUUUGACGUUGGACCUAUUAUUAGCCGCGUUUACGUAAUUUUGGUCUACACAAAGAAACAUUGACUACCGGGUGUCUACGAAAAGAACUAAACACUUUUGAAAUGGCUGCCGAAUAAUAAAAUAUACGAUUCUGUGGGGGAAAAGGUAUAUAUGUAUGGAUCGCUUAUGGUCUCAACUUUCAUAUGACACCAAGAAGUCCGAAAAUAAUUCAUGCUUGGGAGAGCACUGCUCACUUUUGUGAAGGCGGUGACACACUGUAUAGAUCGAGACUUGAACCUGCAACCUUCAGGUUAACGUGCAGGCGUUCUACCAUCUGAGCUAUUCAGCCCUAAUAUGUUGACGGUCUCCAUUUUGGUAUACAUGUGGUCUUUGUUCGGGUGUGCU